GUUCUUCAGAUGUCAUGGAGCUCAUCGUUCCACUGCUCAAAGUUUCGGCAUGUUUUCGGGAAGCCGGCCACCAAAAACUGUGGUUAUGAUGGGGUGCCAAUCACACGCAGUGUCCAUGACAACCACUUCUGCUCAGCCAAUCCCUGCUUCAUCGCCGUGGUGACAGAAUGCACACUAGGCGGGUCAUUUUUAGUCCUACCCAUCAAUCAGACAGGCAGGGUGGAGCCUCGGCACCCGAGGGUGUGCGGUCACAGCGGCAGAGUUCUGGAUGUCAAGUGGAACCCGUUUGACGAUUACUGCAUCGCCUCAUGCUCAGAGGACAGCACCGUGAAGAUAUGGGACAUCCCCGUCAGUGGCAUCCAACAAAACCUCACUCAGGCCAGAAAGACUCUGAUUGGUCAUUCCAGGAGGGUGGGGCUUAUUGAGUGGCAUCCUACUGCGGAGAACCUGCUGCUUAGCGCUGCCUAUGAUUACAAGGUCUUCCUCUGGGAUGUGUCCCAGGUGGGUCCAGUGCUAAGGCGCCCGGUCCGGGUGGUUCUGAUGUCCACCUAUCACCGUUACCCAACUGAGGCACUGCUGCUUUCAGUCAGCUUCAAUGGAGAUGGGAGCAGGCUGGCGGUCACAUCCAAAGACAGACGGGUUCGGGUCCUAGAUCCGCGGAGAGGCAUAAUUUUACGGGUUUCCAAUAACAAGUCCCACAGGGCCAACAAGGUUUUAUACAUCCCAGAUCUGAAGAUGCUUCUGUCCACCGGCAGCUCGCUGUGGAACCAUCGGCAGAUGGUUCUAUGGGAUCCUGAGGACUUAUCGGAGCCUCUGUAUGUAGAAGAAUUGGACGGGUCAGCGGGAGUUCUUUUCCCGUUCUACGACCCCGAUACACACAUGCUCUACCUGGCUGGAAAGGGUGACAGGAACAUCAGGUAUUACAGGCUGAGCGCAGAGAAACCGUACGUUAGCUUCCUGGCGGAGUACAGGUCACAGCUGCCGCAGAAAGGCCUCGGUGUGAUGCCAAAGCGAGGCCUGAAUGUCGGCGCCUGUGAGGUUUUCCGAUUCUACCGUUUGAUCGCCAUUAAAGACUUUGUGGAACCGCUGUCGAUGAUCGUACCACGGAAAGAGUCUGGUGUUUUCCACGAGGAUCUGUACCCGAUGACGGCGGGACACCAGGCAGCCAUGACGGCUCAAGAAUGGUUGUUAGGAGUCAACAAAGGCCCGGUGAUGAUGUCUCUGAAGCCUGGAGUCCACGUCGCCAACCCUUACCGAGAAGUGCCCACUGAUAAGGAGCUGACCAGGCAGCUGAGCUCCCUGAGAUCCCAGAUGAGCCCAAGUGUUGGACCAGGGCCCAGGACCAACCUGAGAUUCAUGGAGCAGGCUUUUGUCCAGGAGCAGAUGGACUACCAGGAUGCCAAAUUCCCCUGGGAGGUGAGCGAUCUGUCAGGGUGGCAGCCAGAUGAGACCCAUUUCCUGUACUGGGCUUACCGCUACACGCCAGACUGCUGCGAACCUGCAAAGAGGCCGCCACCAACCACCAAGAAGGAACUCUUGCAGGCAUUUUACAGACAACAAGAAGAAAUUAAAGAACUGAGAGAGCAGCUGGACCACAAACAUGCAAGGAUCACUCAGCUGGAGCUGGAGAUCAAGAAGAGUCCAUACAUGAGAUCAUCACUUUGAAUCAACCAAUCAAAUCUAAAUCUGCUGCUGCGUCAUAAAAGCCAACACUGGCAACACAAGUGGAAACAACGAUAAAAGACAUGGC